GUUGCCCUUGGGCCUAAACCAGGGUGGGAAACAUUGUAACUAGAGUUCAUGCAUGGGUAUGCAGGAAUGAUGAUGGGCAUGAGAUGGGUUCGAUCACCGAACCAUUUACGUGGGUCCCACAUGUUAAAUCCAAGAUCAUCCUGUUCAAUUGGGCAUAGCAUGACAGGGUUUGGCAAACACCAGUUGGUAUAGACUCUGAAAAAACAGGAAACUAGCAUACUAGGUAUUGCAUUGGGAUAAAGCUGGCAUACCUGAGCAACUAAAAGAGCCUCCGAAGGGGAAGUUGUUGACGAUUUGUUUUCUGCUUAUAUGAAUCUUGAAAAUCUUGACACAUUAAACUCUUCUGGAACUGACGAUAAACAAGGAACUGAGAAUCGUGAAGAUUUAGAUAGUCGAGCUAGUGGAACAAAAACAAAUGGAGGUGAUAGCAGUGAUAAUGAAGCUACAAGUAGUGUUAAUGAUAAAGGGAUUAAACGGAGUGCAGGUGGAGACAUUGCUCCAACAACAAGGCAUUAUAGAAGUGUGUCAAUGGAUAGUUUUAUGGGGAGGAUGAACUUUGCUGAUGAAUCACCUAAGCUUCCUCCUUCUCCUGGAGGGCAUAUUGGUCAAUUAUCCCCAAAUAAUUCAAUCGACUCAAAUUUAAAUACAAAUACGUUUAGUUUGGAGUUUGGAAAUGGUGAGUUUACAGGGGCUGAGCUCAAGAAAAUCAUGGCUAAUGAGAAACUUGCAGAGAUUGCUUUAUCUGAUCCCAAACGAGCCAAAAGGAUUUUGGCAAAUCGACAAUCUGCUGCAAGAUCAAAAGAGAGGAAAAUGCGUUACAUUACAGAAUUGGAGCACAAGAUUUCUCUGUUCGGAUCUUCUAAUUUCUCAUUUCUACUGCUUCAUGGAGUAGAAGCUAUGUGUGCUGAGCUUAUGCAAUUACAUGCUGGUAUUAAGGAGUUGACUUCUACUCGCCAAAAAAUUACUAGUCAAGUUCAGGGUAUGACUCAAGAUCUUGCUGGAGCUACUGUUGACCGGAAGCGGGAUAAUUUGGGAGAAAGGGUUAUGUCUUUAGCUUUUGAUGUUAUAUCUCGACUUCUAGAAAUAGCCCCAGGAUGGAGACUUGUUUCACCACUUUUCAUCUUUGCUGUAGUCUGCAAUUUUUCCAGCAAUAGUAAUGAAUGA